UCUUUCCUCCUCUGACGCCCUUCUUCUCUCGUUCGGUUGGACUGACUGCCCGCUCCCCUGCUUCUCCGUCUUGGGAUUACCACAACUAUCAUGGAGAACAUUGAGAUAUUUGACUCACCUGGAAAGGGGAGGGGUCUGAAGGCCACAAAGGAGAUGUGGGCCGGAGAUGUGAUUUUCUCCGAGCCCAGCUACGCCGCAGUUGUAUUUGACAGCUUUGCGGACAAAAUCUGCCACAGCUGUUUCCGCAGACAGCAGAAGCUCCACCGGUGCGGCCAAUGCAAGUUUGCCCAUUACUGCGACCGUACCUGCCAGCGUGCCGGCUGGGCUGAACACAAAAUGGAAUGUAGUGCCAUCAAGGCUCAUGGAAAGGCACCCAAUGAGACCGUCCGGUUGGUAGCCCGCGUCAUGUGGCGUCUCGAUAAGGAUGGAAGCGUGGUGUCUGACAUGCAGCUGACUACAAUUGAUGAGCUGGAGGACCACAUUGGUGACAUGGCCGAAGAUGAACUCAAAGAGCUGAAAGUGGACGUCCACAAUUUCUUGGACUACUGGCCUCGAAAUAGCAAGCAGCACGUAGUCGAUGACAUCUCACACAUUUUCGGAGUGAUCAAUUGCAAUGGCUUUACUGUGAGCGACCAGAGGGGUCUGCAGGCAGUAGGUGUGGGUAUAUUCCCUAACCUGUGUCUAGUCAACCAUGACUGCUGGCCUAACUGCACGGUCAUCCUCAACCAUGGCAAUCAAUCUGCUGAGAAUACUUUGUUUCACUCCCAACGGAGGAUUGAGCUGCGUGCCUUGGGUAAGAUAGCAGAGGGAGAAGAGCUGACAAUAGCCUAUGUGGACUUUUUGAAUUUGUCAGAGGAAAGACAAAGGCUGCUGAAGACACAAUACUUCUUUGACUGCACAUGUGAGCACUGCAAGCAUCGCAUUAAAGAUGACAUAAAGCUGGCCGGGAGGGAAGAAGGAGGAGUCAAGCCGCCUGAGGAGCAAGUAAAGGAGGCAACAGAUUACUGCCAUCAAUUGCUGGAAAAGAUGGACAAGUCUCGUUUAAAUGGUGACUACCAUGAGGUGGUUAAGAUUUGCAGAGACUGCAUAGAGAAGACAGAGCCAGUUUUGGCUGACACGCACAUCUACCUACUCAAGAUGUGGAGUACAUUAAGCGAGGUACAGGCUUACCUGCAAUUCUUUGAAGAGGCUGCAGAAUAUGCACGCAAAAUGGUGGACGGAUACAUCAAACUGUACCAUCCAAACAACGCCGCCUUGGGCAUGGCUACCAUGCGAGCAGGGGUGACCCACUGGCAGGCUGGUCUGAUAGAGGUUGGCCACGGGAUGAUCUGUAAGGCCUACGCCAUUCUCAUGGUUACCCAUGGCCCUCUGCAUCCCAUCACAAAGGAUCUGGAGGCCAUGCGAAUGCAGACCGAGAUGGAGUUCAGGAUGUUUAAGCAGAAUGAGUAUGUUUACCAUACUAUGAGAGAGGCAGCGCUAAAGAACAAACCGAUGAGCAUGAUGCAUGAACCCACAUCUAUGGAAGAGGGAAUCAAGAACCUCUUUCAUCGGAGGAAGUGAUUAUUGAACCAGUCAGCAGGGGAGAAUCUCCAACUGUGUAGCUUCAGUUAACUUUGCCCCCCCCAAAGGAAAAAAAAUAUAAUAAAAAAAAAAUUAACU